CCCCGCGUCUCGUCGGCGCCAGUAGGCAGCCGCGCUCUAUGCUGCGUCUACUUAGAAGAUGUCUAUGGCUGCAGACACGACCUAGAGAAUAACUGGCCUUUUAGUCUCUGCAUGGACGGCUGCACUCCGCCUGUCACGGCAACUAGUGUGCCUCACAGCAGGUGUGUUUUCUUGUGCCGACGUGAUGCUUGAGGAGCCCCCUGCGGAGCACUGAGCCUCUCUCGGCCGUGGGAAUCAUGGACUCUCCGUCCGCUCAGACCCCGCCACCGCAGGCCUCUUUCGCCAAAGGGGGUCACCCCUUGCUUUCCAGCGGGCCGCUGAGCGCCGCACUGGGGCCUCGAGGGAAGCACUAUGUCUGCGGCUCCAUUGCGGCGUUCACCAACAUCAUGGUGACCUUCCCCAUCCAGAAGGUCCUCUUCCGCCAGCAGUUGCACGGCGUGCUGGCCGUGGAGGCCGUGCAGCAGCUGCAGAGGGACGGGCUGCGGAAUCUCUACCGGGGGCUGCUCCCCCCGCUGCUCCAGAAAAGCACCACGGUGGCCAUCAUGUUCGGCUUGUACGAGGACUUCUCCAGAGUCCUUCUGAAGCGGGCAGAAGGCAGCGGCGUGCCGGAGCUGGUCACGCGGAGCUUCGCCGCCGCCCUGGCGGGAACAGCCGAAGCCUUCCUGACCCCCUUCGAGCGUGUGCAGACACUCCUGCAGGACCACCGGCACCACGGACGCUUCAACAACACGGCCCACACCUUCCGGACACUUCUGAGCGAGUACGGCGUCAGGGAGUGCUACCGCGGCCUCGUGCCCAUCUUGCUCCGCAACGGGCCCAGCAACGUGCUCUUCUUCGGCCUGCGCGGGCCCAUAAAGGAGCAGCUCCCGGAAGCUACAAGCAGACCGGGUCACCUGGUCGCCGACUUCGUCUGCGGCGGCGUCCUGGGGGCGGCCCUGGGGAUCAUGUUCUUCCCCUUGAACGUGGUCAAGUCGCGGGCGCAGUCGCAGGUGGGCGGCGCCUUCCAGCCGUGCAGGCACGUGCUGCUCACGGUGUGGCGGGAGCGCGGCGGGAGCGUGGCCAUGCUCUUCCGGGGCGCCCACCUCAACUACCACCGCUCGCUCCUCUCGUGGGGCAUCAUCAACGCCACCUACGAGCUGCUGCUGAACACCGUGUGAGAGACUCGGACCUUGCACAGUCGGCGCCGACGUUGCACAGUCGGCAUGAGCUGACCACGCUCUAACCACAUUGAAACUACUAAACUUGUGCCAGGGUCCAGACGAGGAAAGGUUUUCGCUCCGUGUGCGUGCGCCUUUUUUACGGUAUCAAGGAAAAAAAAAAAAAUUGAGCAUUAUGACGCACUGAAUUUCCCCAAAGAAUUGUCAAGAAAAGAGGAAUAAAAUAUGAGUUUCCUACUUUGCAGCCACACUUAACAGGAAUGAGGAUUGCAAACAUACUAAAUACUACUCUAUUUAUUUCUGGGACAGUAUUUAUAAUGAGGUAAAAAAAAAAAAAAAAAAGGCCCUUUUUAUUUGCUUUUCUGGAAUUGUCUGACAUUUAUUUUGGUCUCCCUCCACUCCGUCCUCAUGCCUCCUCCGUCCAUAACAUCUGUUGACAUAAUGGGCUCACAUCUCACGGGCGAGUAGACACACACACACACACACACACACACACACACACCCCGGACGAGCAGGGAGGGAAGGCGGAGGUAAAUGUUCAGUGGCACAAAAAGCUCAAGCUGCCAUGUAAAUGCACCACUUGGCCUACUUCUUCACCGCUCUUUUCAUUCCAACAGUUUGUAAAGUGUUGCCAUUUUUUUUUUUUUUUUUUACAAGAGCGAAAAUACCCUGUGAGAGUAAAUGCUUCCCCCCCACCCUAAAGCACAACCAAAUAAAAAGGUCGUUGAAUGGUU